AUGGCCACCGACUCCCCUUUCCUCGAUCUCCCGCCAGAGAUACGGGCCAUGAUAUACAACUACCUUACAACCAAGAGGCACAGCGACUUGACCACCCACGGUCCUCCAAUGAUCCCUUCCAGGCUCACACAAACAUGUCGCCAAAUCCGCACCGAGUUCCUAGCCGAGGGAUGCCGCGGACGCAAGCUGCACGUCUGCUACAUGCUCGGUCUCUGCACGCAGCUGACAGACCAAUACUUGGACACCCUCGGAGCCAGCAUCAUCCCACUGAUCAAGACGUUCAUCUUAAGAAGUGGCCUUCUGAGGGUGGAUAUCAAGGAGGCGGGGCGCAAGUUGGGGUGA